AUGCAAAAUAUUCCUUAUGCAUCUAUUGUGGGAAGUUUGAUAUAUGCACAGGUUUACAUUCAUCCAGAUAUUAGUUUUGCAGUUGGAAUGCUAGGCAGAUACAAAAGCAAUCCAGGAAUGCAUCACUGGAAAGCUGCAAAGAAAGUUAUGAGAUACUUACAAGGAACAAAGAAUUAUAUGCUCACAUUUAGAAGGAUUGGAGAGUUAGAGGUUAUUGGUUACUUAGACUCAGAUUUUGCUGGAUGUGUGGAUAGUAGAAGAUCCACUUUUGGUUAUUUGUUUCUUUUAGCUGGAGGGGUAAUAUCAUGGAAAAGCGCAAAACAGUCUAUUAUUGCUUCAUCAACUAUGUAG